UUCAAUAGAUAAAAUCAUUAAGGACUUUGUGCUUAAUAAUUUACCCGGAAGGCAGCUAUCAAUGUCUCAUAGUCAUAGCACUUCUCGUUUCUCUUUCAUUCUCAGAAGCUGUGCUCAUCAUUAUGCAAUUGCCCAAGCAAAGCAAGCCCACGCUCAAAUCCUCAUCCAUGGCUUCCUUCCACAUUUAACUCUUCUAACAGAUCUUCUAUUAGUGUAUUGCAAAUGUGGGUUUCUUCACGACGCCCGCAAGGUGUUUGAUAAAAUGACUCACAGAAACAUGCACUCCUGGAAUAUCUUGAUUGCUUCUUAUGUUCACACUUCUUGGUACUUUGAUGCAAUAAAUGUGUUUAAUCAGUUUAGGGGCCUUGGUUUUCUCCCUGACCAUUAUACUUUGCCUCAGAUGUUGAAGGCUAGUGUUGGUACUGGGGAUGUUUAUUUGGGGAAGAGACUUCAUUGUUGGACAAUAAGGCUUGGGUUUGAAGGAUAUGUUGUUGUAGACAGUACGGUUUUAGACUUUUACGCUAAAUAUGGGCUUGUGGGUGAUGCUAAGAAGGUGUUUGAUAAUAUGAUUUAUAAAGAUACAAUUUCUUGGAACGCAAUGAUUUCUGGGUAUGGGAGGGCUGGGCUUUAUGGAGAUGCGUUGGAUUGUUUCAAGCGCAUGCUCUUUGAAGGAGUGAAGAUGGAUUUUAUGACAAUUCCUAGCGUUUUGAAUGCUUGUGGAGGGGAAGGAGAUUUGAGAAAAGGAAAAGAGAUUCAUUGCUUAGUUUUGAAGAGUAUGGUAUUUGCUGCUGAUGUUGCAAUUGGGAACUCAUUGAUUAAUAUGUAUUCAAAGUGUGGAAGCCUGUUUGAUUCUGAAAAGGUCUUUGGGAAUAUGAGCAGCUUGAAUACUGUUACAUGGACCACAAUGAUAUCUUGUUAUGGGGCUCAUGGGAAAGGAGAGAAAUCCUUGGUCCUGUUUAACAAAAUGAAGGAUUGUGGAAUCCAACCCAAUUCUGUAACACUGACAGCCGUUUUGGCUAGCUGCAGUCAUGCAGGUUACAUCAAUGAAGGUUGGAGAAUUUUCCAGUCCAUUGUUUCAGAUUUUAAGGUUGAACUGACGGUAGAACAUUAUGCUUGUGUUGUUGAUCUUCUGAGUCGCUUUGGCUUUCUGCAGGAAGCGUUUCUGUUGAUAAGAAAUAUGAAGCCUACCGCUUCUGCAAGCAUUUGGGGUGCUCUGCUUUCUGGUUGUAUGAUCCACAGGAACCUUGAGAUUGGAGAAAUUGCAGCCAACCAGCUUUUCAAGUUGGAACCUACAAAUCCAAGCAAUUUUAUAGCCUUGAUUAGUAUAUAUGAAUCCCUUGGUAUAUCUCGUGGUGUUUGGCUGACUAGAGAGAAAAUGCGAGACCUUGGUUUGACAAAAAUCCCUGGUUACAGCUGCAUAACCAUUGAUGGAGUUGUACAUAAAUUCUACGGAGGGGACAAUUCUCACCCUUUGGAUUUGAGAAUAUUUGAAACAUUAAAUGCAGUAAGACAAGCGGUUGUAAAUGGCGAAAUAACUUAAAAUUCAAGGACACAGUUGAAUAGAUCCUAUUCAAGUAGCAACCAGUCAAAACUCGAGUUGUUCAAUCGGCCAACAGUUGGUCACAGCAACAACCACAUUGUCUCGAGAGCAUAAGUGCUUCUGUUCCGAGGUAUUAUUCAAACUUCUCAACCAAAGUCGAUUAAUAUCACUUAAGGCUCGAUCAGCAUUCGUGACUAUAUACUGAAGAUCAAAACAGUAAAGGGAAGAAGAAGAAGGAAAAAAAAA